UAAGGUGAGUUUUUUUCGGCGCGGGGGCCUUUGGACCACAUGCGCUGUGAGAGAAAGUGACGACAGGUAGCCCCCGCAUGGGGAAAAACCCAAAAUGAGAUAUUUUUUCUGCAAAGGUGACUCAAGGAAGUCUCGAGACCUUGAACUUUUAAUCUUGAUUUCUACGUCGUGCGUUUGCCUUCGCAAGUGGGAGGUUUUUCCGAUUAAAAACUCGUUGUCAUACAUUCUGAAAAAUAUGCUGUUUAUGCCAUUUAUGCUGAAGGUCACGGAAUAUUCUCACACGAGAAAAUUCUCCAUGCUUUGUCUCCCAAGAUUUUCUGAGAGCUUUUACCCCAUUUUUGGCGGGAAUUUUCCACUGAAAAUCAAUGUCAACGCGCGGGGUUAAAAACCCGCCUUUGUUGCGUAAUGCGAUAAGAAAGAAGAAAGAUUUCUUCGCGGAGAAAUUAGCACAAAAAAAUCAAUCAUAGCCAUCGUUGAGUGACGUCACAAGUGUCACAUGGUCUCAGCUGAUUACCUUCACGUCGCGCGCGCGGUUAGAAAACGUUUUUCCGUCGUAUUUUCCUAAUUAAAAUCGCGAAAAAAUGUGAUUAAUGUGUGUGGGAAGGUUUUUUGGGGAUUUCUAGUGCAGCCACGGAUAAAAAUAACCCGAUGAUUGAGCCAAAAGGAGAUUAAAAGAGAAAAAAACAAAUUGAAACAUAACCUCAAAUUUGAUUUGUUUUGGUAAACUUUUGUCGCUUGAAAAUUUCUUUCAAUUUUAUUCAUCAUUUUAGACAAGAAAAUGGAAUAAAAUGAAUGAAAAUUGAAUGCUUGUGCUGUGUGGUGUAGAAAAGAGUUCAAAUUGUGUGAAGUUUUGUGCUUGAAGAGACUCUGGAAAGCAGUGAAGGCAUCAUCUCCAGAUUUAGACUCUGGGGGCAGGGCGAAGGUGUCCAAAAAUAAAUUCGGGAGCUUCUUCGAGCACAUUGAGCGUCGGGAGCUACACGAAGGCCCCUCAGUCGUCGUAGUGGUGCCCAAGAAGCUGGGUGAAUUGCAAGUUUCCCAAAAAAACAAAAAAAAAGUGCUCAACGGAAGUGCAGGAAGUGGAAGAAAAAAAAUGGCAGAAUCAGCAAUUUCGGAGCCAAUAAAGAAGUGUGUGGCAAUUCUGGGAGCUGCCAAGAGUGAUACGGAAAAGUUUGCAGCUCUCUUUAUGGUGACAAAGCUGGUGAAGGGGAAGGAUUGCACGGAUGUAGCCAAAAAGGCUCUCUUUGACUCCAUUGGCUUUAAAUUCCUCAAGAAGCUCAUUCUAGCUGAGAAUGUUCCCGAUGAUUGUCCCCCAAUUGUCUACAAGAGCGUCGCUCUGUCCAUUCUCACGAGUUUCUGUGAAUUGGAAUCUCUCGCCACAAACCCCGAGAUGCUCAAUAUAAUCCCGGCGUUCUUCAGCAUAAUUGAAGAUGCCGACGAUGAGGAUGACAAUGACAACUUGAUUGUUGUGACAGAAUCCUACAAAUGCCUCCAGGCUAUUGCUCAAUUUGAGCCUGGGCAGAAGGCCCUCCUUGAGGCACAAUCAAUCCCCAAACUCGCCCAAAUCUACGCCCAGAAGAGCUUUCAAACGGACGAAGCUCUCCGCGUGAUUAUCACCUUGUGCAGCAAAUUCGGCCCUCAAGCCUGGAGCACAGACCCCAAAGUCUUCAACAGUCUCAUCACGCGAAUUGGUCUGGAUUUUGAGACAGAUCACUCAGAGAGGAAGUUUGAAUUGUGCACCAUCCUCGCAACUCUCCUCUUCACGUGCCGUCGCGACGUAAUCCUCAAGACGGUGGAGGGAGAAAUUUGGCCAGAGAGCAUCUACAAGGGGCUCAAUGACAUCCUAAAGAGCAAAAUUGGUAAAAAUCAACGAGAUCCCGCCCUUAAGCUCGCUGCCCAAGCUCUCGAAUUCUUGGGCGUUGAAUGGACUCUCAAUGACGAGGAGAAGCCAAAACAAUUCUUCCUGCUGCUCCUUCAGCUCGCUGCCAUUGAGGUGCGCAUGCAGAUGGACAAUAAGUCCUUCAAUCAAGCUGCAGCUCAGGCUGAACUCAUCACGGCGUGCUUCAUCAUCCUGGAGAUCUCAGUGAAUUACAUGGCAACGGAUCAGCUGGACCUCGAUCAGAAGGAGAAGCAGCAGGUGUACACAGCCCUCAAGGGGGCCUUCAGUGGUGUAAUGAGUGUCCUGACAAAGUUGAGUACAAGCGAGGCGAGGAAUAACCUUUCGGGGAAAGAUAAAUCAUUCGCAGCGGCAAUGGUGAGAGUUCUAGCAGCUUGGUUGGCUCAGGAAACAACUGCAAUGCGUCCAGGACUUUACCAGGUCCUGCCAUACAUGUUUCAGUUGGCCAAUUCAACCUUCCAGGAGAGUAGGCAGUAUCGGUUAGAAAAUAAAGGUAAUCCCGAUGCAGGUGAAGCACCUGCGGAUGUUUUGCGUGUAAUGCUACCUGCCAUGUGUCAUCUUGCCGUUGAGGAUAAAGCCAGACAGAUUAUCUUUAAAACGAAGCAAGAUGAGGCUCUGUAUGAGUGCCUUGUCUUUCACUUUUCCAUUGCGCAUUGGAAACGUCCACCUGUACCACGUGCUGAGCGUCUCAAGAGGCUGAAUGAACCCGAUCCGGGACCAACACCACGUCAACAAGAGGAAAUGAAGGAUUCCCGCGCGGCUAUUGUCAGUUUAUGCAAUAUCUUUAUGAAUUUAACUGUUUUGGAGGCAAAGAUUGCCGAGGAGAGUUUGCUUUUUAGCAAUUUAUUGAGGUUUAUCUUUGAGAAUUUGCCCGAAUUGAAGGAUACUCCGGAUAAUUUGGUUAUGCAUGGGCAUUUAGCCGUGCUGGGGAUGCUGAUGUUGAAGCAACAAGCGAAAAAGGUGAAGAAGAAUGAUUUUUCAAUUUGCCGAUAUAUUCAGGCAACAAUUCGUUUCCUCUGGGAUGCGUACAUUGUGGAUGAAUCGAAUGAUCCAACGGCACUAGUUGUGUCAAUUGCGUACAAAGAGCAUUGGAUGGAAAUUAUGGAGUUGUGGUUCCUCGGUAUGCAAACGAUGUCGGGUGUUAUUUUGCAAAUUCCGUGGAUUUCGGAAUUCGCCCUGGAGAGUGGAUGGGCCGAGGGGAUUGUGGAGACGCUGAAGAAGGUUAAAAUUGGCACAUUGCCAGGUAAUGUGAAGUCAGCAUUUGAGGAUCUCCUGUGUCAACUGGUUGAGGCGAAUUCCGAUGUUCCAGCUAAGCUGAAGAAGGCUGAUGCACUGCGUGUGUGCAGGAAUCAUCGUAUGAUGGAGUUGGGGAAGAAGUUGUUUGGUGAUUAAGACAAUAAAAUGUUGAAGAAAAAGAGUGACAAUGUACAUCAUCUUUCAACAUAACAUGCUCCACCAUCUCAUCUCAACCAAGAGGAAAUUAAGUGUGAAUAAAUUUAUAUUUAUUUGAUACAAAAAAAAUGGAAUAAAAUACAAAAUAAAA